CCCUAGCUCUUCUGUCCUGCUGGGACCUCCAAGGAGAGAUGGAAUCAUGAUAUUGAAAUGGACAACAGGGUCCCUUGGGGCUGAAGCUGUUUCUUUGAACACCCCAGCUGGACUAGCUGGUUAGAGAUAUCACUAAAUUUGUUUGCUAAUCUGGGUUUCUUGUUCAUGUUCAAGGCAAGUCUUUGACAAGCCUCCCAUAGACCAAAGGGCAAGACAAUCCAUAGAGGCCACCUGUGCCCCCUCCCUGCCUCUGUCUUGGGCCACGCCCCUUCCUGGAUUGGGCUUAGGUAUGUGGGGUAGAAGUUCAUCUCUAGAGUGGCCCAGUGGGCACCCCCUGAUGAGAGUAGCUCUCACCCCAAUCAGUCGUUUCCAUCUAACUCUGUUUAUUGUGGGCCAGUCAACAUCUUGAAAGCCCUUGCGAAUUCCCCAUUGUGCAAAGCCAGGUGAGGUGAAAUCCUCAGCCUUCCCCUCCGCACCCUCCCCUUCUCCUGAACCUCUGGAUCUGAGUAAGUCAAGGGGAAGACCGCUUCUCAACUUGGUGUUUGAACCUUCACAGGGUCACCUCUAGCUUUGACCUCUGAGGUGAGGCCUCUGAUCUCCAGGACAUGGCAGGCUCCGCCACCGUCAUCGCCAGCCUUCUUCUCCUGGUAGCUUGCAUGGGCUACAUCUUCCCUACAGACUCUGUGACCAUCCCCUCUUCUUGCUGCAUGUCCUUUGUUUCCAAGAAAAUUCCACGACACCGAGUGGUUAGCUACCAGUUGGCCAAUGGCAGUGUCUGCCCCAAGGCAGGGGUGAUCUUCAUCACCAAGAAAGGGCAAAAGUUCUGUGGAGACCCCAAGUUGCCGUGGGUCCAGAAGUACAUAAAGAACCUGGAUGCCAAGAAAAGUCAGCCCUCUGUACGGGCCAAAGCACUGGGCACCAAGUUUUCCAUCCAGAGUCUCCGUAGCAACAGCACGGAGGUUUAGCUGCUUCUCCUCUGCCUCUGAACUUGGACAUCGGUCCUGACUCCUUGACAAGCCGCUUUGGGCUUGGCACACCAGCUGGGACGCGGCCUGAGUUCAUUCUCCCACCCUCAGCGUUUCUUUUGGGGAAUGUGUUUAUUUUUAUUUUUUAUUUUUUUCUGUGAGAAACUGAGGGAGUUCCAAGCAUGCCAGAAUUCUGGUGUUUCCUGUGCUGAGUGAGGAGGCUUCAGAAGAAUGGCGGAAGUCGUCAUUCGACAUUUUCCUCUUGCAUGGCUGAAAGGUGUCAUCAGAGCCCAGGUACAUAAACCAGAGUACCUGCAGGUGUACCUUGUUUGCGGCUGGCUUCCAUGGGCUCCUGGUCUUGGGGUGGGGCUUGGGGGCUGGCUGUCUGUCCGCCUGUGGGUGAAGCUCUGUCAACAAUAGUAACUCCCAAGCAGCUUGGGACUACUCCAAACUGGUCCCACCUUCAGAACUUUGAACAAAUAAAAACUCCACUGAAAUGGA